GCUCCCAGCGUCGUCAGGAUAAUCACCACAACUUCACAUUGCUUUCAUCUUACCACUUCUGCCUCGGACAGCCUCUCGGAAUAUCUGCGCAUACCUUGUGUCGCAAUAGCCAAGAAUACGAGAGACAAUGGUCGUCGUCACUCGCUCCAGGCAACGUUGAUAGCAGUACGGUAUUUGGUUGUCAACAACAACCCCACCAAGGCUCCCGCAAUACACCGAACCUUACAUACAGAGAAUCAAUUGCUGUCCGACUGCACUCGAAUUCGACAUAAUCCACAAAUCUUCGGCGAUCAUGAACGAAGGCGUUAAGCGAUUCCUGAGUCGCCGGGAGAAGGAUCCAAGCGGCCAUCGAAGGGACAAAUCUAGAGACAAGAAUGCGGAAAGAAAGUUACUGUUCUCUCGUUCUGUCUCCUCUCUGUUCGCAGCCUAUUCGAAUCCUCACGGCAAAAGCCCACCAGUGCUAGAGACAUCAUUCUCCCACGUACAAGCCACCAUUACUGACUCGAGAACUCUUUUCUUCACACAGAAUCGACCACGAUCUGGCGAAGGCAUAUCUUCACUCUUCAAAGCCGACCCUCAGAAGAAGUCAGAGCAGGAACAAAACAACAAGAUAUCUUCUAUAAAGCAACGAUUGCAGGGCAUAGGAUAUUCGAAUAUUGAGGAUGAACAGAUCCAUUAUGCACUUGCCUCUAAAUAUGCCAAUGGCGACGCCGACAGAGCCUUGGACAUGGUGGUUCUUUUCCAAGAAUCUGUGGAAGGAAUUGUCAAGCCAUACAAUCCCAAAGUGCAUAUGUUGGGCGCAGAGAACAAGGAUGCUGUUACCUGCUAUCUUGAUACACUUUUGUUCUCAAUGUUCGGCCGAUUGUCGAGUUUUGAACCACUCCUAUACACGAACUUUGACGACGAGCCUCGUCGACGUCUCUCCACUCUCAUCCGACUAUGGGUCAAUAUGCUUAGAACAGGUAAACUAAUUCAGACAGACAUCACGAAACAUCUACAGGAGGCUCUAGCAGCUUGUGGCUGGGAUGCAGCGACAAGACUCGAGCAGCAAGAUACUUCUGAAGCAUUCCAAGCGAUCACCGACAUCCUCAACUUACCACUUCUUACUCUGAAAGUAGAUCUCGUACACGGCGGGAAGGAUGAUAGUGAUGACCACAAACUCAUUCAAGAGCGCCUUCUCAACGUAGCUGUACCUGAUGAAGAUCCUAAUGGUGCUGCUAUCAAGUUGGAGGAUUGCCUAGAGAGUUACUUCAAUGGUCGAGUCGAUGUCAAUCGCUUCCUGGAACGGACACAGACAAAUCAAUCAAUCUCGUCUGCAGCUUCACCAUCAACGUCUAAGGAAGCGUCUGAGCAUGUAGAAAUCUCCGAGCUCUCAUGGUCUACUCCUAAUACACCCACAACUCCGCAAACUCCGAAUACUCCACUUAGUCUUAGUGGCCGCCUUCGUGCCACAAGCAUCAUCAGACGAAGAAUGGUUGAGACUGGCGAAGGCGAGGCAACUAGCGAGUCCAGUACGAGUCCGACCCAUCUGACUCGGAAAGGGUCAAUAAGAAAAGAGGUCCUGAUGCCUGCUUGGCAAUUUUAUCAUUUAAUUCCUUGGCAUACGGAAAAAGGCGAGACUCCAAACGAGAACAAGAUUGCCGAUCAUUUCCAAUCGACCCGUCCAGUGUUAGGGGUGUGCUUGAAAAGAUAUACAUUCACACCCGAAGGCCGUCCUACGAAAAAGAGAACAUACAUAGAUAUACCUCUAGAUCUCCGCCUACCCCACUUCGUCAACGAGGACCAGGAAGAAGACAGAGAUCAUCCUUUAGAAGGACAAUUCAAGCUUUCUCUCCAGUCAGUCAUAUGCCAUCGUGGAGAAGCGAUCAAUUCGGGGCAUUAUGUAGCAUUCAUUCGUGGGACAACACAAGCAGCUGAUGGCGACUCGCAUUCAACACGGCAGCUCAGCAAUACAGACAUACCACCUAGCUAUUCCGAGGAACGAUGGAUCAUGUUCGACGAUAAUGGUAUUCCUCGCGUACAGUACGCUGAUAUCGGCAAAGCGCUGAAAGGAGAAACGCCUUAUCUCCUUUUCUACCAAGUUCAACCCAUUUACGACAUAACAGCACCACCACCAACCGACUUGAAGCCUCCUUCGUACACGGACUCCGGAAUUGGCAUGUCAAUAACGGAAUGCAGCCCGAACCCGAGUGCUGAAAUGCAAAGUCAAAACCCUUCGGGCUACUUUGAUGGUCCUGCUGAUGAGUCAGCUCCCACUAUUCGAUUAUCUUCUGAGUACGAACGUCACGCAAGCCCCAGAAUGAGUAUGACCUUGGCGGACGACCGACGAGGUAGUCUAGCCCACACUGAGGUUAGUGUGGCAAGCUUAGCGAGUACAGCCAGCAGUGUGCAAGCAACUUCGGCGCCAGUCACACCCAGCGAAGAGACGACCGCUCAGAGAUUCGGACGUGCUGCUGCAUCAAUGACAAAGUUCGGCAGCAAGAGUCGCCCAAGCAGUCAAUCCGGAGAAAAUCGGAUCAGUGCUACGUUUUCGCGGCUGAACUUGAUGGGAACGAAAAGCAAAGAGCAGCUAUCUAAAAACGAAAUGGUCAAGGAUACUACAAAACAGAAUGUCGCCGUUCCCAAUGGCGUCGCUGAACCCCGCAAGUCGAUCACGAUUGAAGAUUCGGCUCUAAGACCAGCUCCAGAAGGAUUACAGAUGACAGCUGGAAAUGGCGGAAUUAGUCGAUCGAAGAGCAAGAAGGAGAAGAAGCGAGAUAAGAGCAAAGGCCCAAGCGAGAAGCUCGAGCAUGAGCAUCACAACCAUAAGGACAAAGGCAAAGGGAAGGUAAAGGACGAAAACAAAGUCCCGGACAGGGAAUGUACAAUCAUGUAGAUUUGGAGUUCAGGGCAUGUAUAGAUAUGGGUCUUGGUUGUUUGAUAUGGAUAUGAGAACCAGAGCAUCAUCGCAUUGGGGGUGCUGCAUAGUAGAUAGAAGGGGCAUCAGCGGGCGUUGGCAGGAUUGUGUUCAGGAUGGAGACUUAAAGUCAGCCAUCAGGUGGUGAACCUGGCAUGGGCAUUUGCGGCGUGAGAAGCAUAUGGGAGAGGAUUAUCAUCCCAUGGACAGUACGAAAUACAGGAUUUGCUGAGAAUUUCCAAUGCCCUGCUGUUUGGUUCACCUUUUCUCGUCACGCGUGACGUGCUUUCAAAG